GCAAUAGACCACUCGUGCAACAUAUCCACCUUGUACCAAACCAGCAUUACUCACCAAUACCUUACUUCUUUGCUUGUUUCUGGCCCAGUUUACUUUGCUCGUUCCGCUUUGAAAGUACACUUUUGUUCAUACAAAACAUGGAACAACUCAGUAUUCAUGACGAUGACAACGCUCAAUGGCUACAGGAGAGAGGUGUUCCAUCAUUUGAGGAGCCAUUCAUCCAGAAGUACCUACAGGGUCGUGAUGCUCUCAUCGAUCAAGAGAAGAAGCAGCGUAGUGACCGUGCUUUCAGGGAGACCCUGUCUCCCAUGGCUCGCGAGGCUUGUGCCAUCGUGUCUGCUAUCAGGUUCGAGGAACAACAAACCAUCUGGACUAAGGACUAUGAGGAUAGCUUGGCUUCAGAGUCUAAGGACAUUUACCCCGGCAUGAUGUUUACUCUUGCGCGACCCAAGAUUGAGCAAUCAAAAUUGUGGAAAAUUGUCAAGAAAAUGCCAAAGGGUGCUCUCCUGCAUUGUCAUUUGGAAGCCAUGGUUGAUAUGGAAUGGCUCACCAAGGAAGCGUUCGACACAGAGGGCAUGCAUGUCUCAGCUGAUCGGCCUCUUGACUCUGAAGAUGCUCGAUCAUCUGCACCUUUCCUCUUCAAGUGGCUGAAGAGCCGAUCUUCCGAGUCUUCUUCGUUAUGGGAGAAGUCCUACAAUGCUGGUCAAUGGAUUCCUGUUGAUAUUGCUGCUAAUGCUUUCCCACAUGGUGGUCGUAAGGGCUUCGAGAAGUGGCUCAAGGACCGCAUCACAAUCACCCAGGAUGAAUCUGUACAACAUAUGCACGGUCCCAACGACAUCUGGCGCAAGUUUCAAUCGUGUUUCGGCAUCAUCUCCAGUUUGCUCCAUUACGAGCCUAUAUUCCGUACCUUCCUUCGUCGCAUGUUCGAAGACUUGGUCGAGGACGGUGUUCAAUACGUCGACAUUCGCAGCACCUUCCUGGAUCCUUUCUUCAAGGAGGGAUCAGAAGAGCCUGAAACGAGCACCGAACUUAUGAUUGAUAUCUUGGAUGAAGAGAUUGAAAACUUCAAAGCUCUGGGCAAGGGCUUCUGGGGCGCAAGACUCAUUUACACCACUCUUCGCAGCUUCGACUCACGCAGGAUCAUCGAAAGCAUGCAAGAGUGCAUCGACAUGAAGAUCCUAUAUCCAGAACUUAUCUGUGGCUUUGACCUUGUUGGCCAAGAAGAUCUCGGCCGCCCAUUAGCAGACCUCACACCCGAACUCUUCUGGUUCAAGAAGGCAUGCGCUCAAAACGGCGUCGAUAUUCCCUUCUACUUUCACGCUGGCGAGACUCUCGGUGAUGGCGAUGAGACUGACGAAAACCUCUUCGAUGCGAUCUUACUAGGCACCAGACGUAUCGGCCACGCCUUCUCUCUCUACAAACACCCUCUCCUCGUCGACAUGGUGAAGGAGAAGAAAAUCCUCAUUGAAAGCUGUCCCAUCAGUAAUGAAGUUCUACGUCUCACCGGUAGCAUCAUGACACAUCCUCUACCCGCCCUCCUCGCCCGCGGUGUCCCAGUCUCCCUCUGCAACGACGAUCCAGCAAUUCUCGGUCACGGACAUAGUGGCAUGACCCACGAUUUCUGGCAAGCGCUGCAAGGAUGGGAAAACCUGGGUCUUGAGGGUCUGGCUUCUCUGGCAGAGAACAGUGUCAGAUGGGCUUCCUUUGAGGAUCUGAAUACACAGCAAUGGCAACAGGAGCUCAAGGAUGGUGCAUAUGGCAAGGGCGAGAGAGCAAAGAGAAUGCAACAAUGGGCCAAGGACUUUGAAAAGUUCUGUCAGUGGGUGGUUGUCGAAUUUGGAGAAGACCAGGACAUGCUUCCUGAGGAGUAGGAUAGACAAAUAGAUCAUGAUUCAAAUGAACGGCCUUUUUGUGGCUGACACAGGGCCACAUAGUGACGACCAGA